AUGAUGCAUCCCAUUCUCUUGCUUGGAAAUCUAAUAGUAGCAUACUUUAGUGGUUCUCGAGCUGAAAAUGUUUUCUCACAAUAUUGGAAAGAGCAUAUUGAUUGUCCACACCCUCCACAAUGGUUAGCAGCAAAGGCUUCUCCAUUAAGCCUCCAUCAGGCAGCUUCAUUUAUGAAACUUAUGGAGGAAAACAAACUACCUUCCCACCUACCCUCAUUCUGUGAGCAGGCUAAUGUUGCUUGUUCUACAAAUGCACUGAUUAAGAAGCCAAUGGAUGAUCCAUACCUGCCACCAGUAGCCAAGUGGCCAAAUGCUUUCAAAGUGAAAUAUGAUGACCUCCCAAAAGAAAUACCUCCAUCAAUAGCCAUUCGAGGGGGAUUGUCAUGUUUUCAUGAGUCAAUGGUGCAAGAGGGAAGUUACAUACAUGUUCCUGAUCUUAGGGAUCCAAUGUCAUAUAAAUCAUUCAUGCCGCGACCUCUAGCGUCAAAAAUCCCAUUUUACUUUGCCCAGAUCAAGGAACUGAAGAAGUUUUUUGGUGUGGUGGAUGAGUCAGACAUGGAUGAGUACGUUAAAGUCACCCUCAGGAUAUGUGAGAAGAGUCCCACUCAAGGUGAGCAGAGAAGCUGUGUGACUUCUGUCGAGGAUCUUAUUGAUUUCGUUGUUGAGAAAUUAGGCCACCAUUUAUGCAUAUAGAGUAUUGAGAGCAUUGAAGGAUCUUAUGAGAAUGCCACAAUUGGAGCUUUGAAACUCAUCCAUGGAAACCUCUUUGAACCACCAGCCAUAUGUCAUAGUCAACCAUUCCCAUUUCAAGUCUAUUAUUGCCAUGUUAUUCAGAAAGUUAAAGUAU